CGUGCGCGCACCCUUCUAUCGCGUGGUGGUGGUGAUCAUCCAUAUUGCUGCUUAGUGGUGGAGAUUAUCUUGUAAUUUUAAAGUCUCUCGGACGCUUUUUUAUAUGUUUUAAUUCAACACAAACCACUCUGCGUCUUAGACUGAAGGCUAUUUGGUCUAGGGGUGGAGUGGAGUAACGAUAGAAACGAGUUUACUCGAGGAAUACUUCACAUUUUAUUUCUUGAGUUGAAAGGCGAAUUUGGGGGAUAUCGUGAGGAAAAGGGGAAAUGGCCACUCAGGUGGAGACUCUCCUACCCAAUAAUCCUCUUAUCAAAGAAGAGGAGCAUGGGCAUGCGAGCAAGAUGAUACAACACGGAGAGGACUGUCUGGAAAAGGGGGCCAAACAGACGGGUGUUGCCGACGACGGCAGCAAUAUGAAAGCAGACAACUCGGAACAGGGGGGGGUCGCAAUGAAGGAGCAAAACUCCAAACAGGCUAAAGAAGAGAGUAACAAUCAAGAGAAAGACAUCCUGGAUCAAGAGAAGCAAACGACUGGACAAACGGAAGAUUGUGUGAAAUGUAGCAAAAAUGAGUUUGCUGAAGCACCCCCGCCCAAGGUGAACCCAUGGACUAAGAAAAUGAACGCGGUGACCGUGGUCAACGUCAAUGGACAAGCACAUCAUGAGCCGCCGCCCACAACAGGCCCAGCCAAGGUGGUGAAGGCCCCAAACCCCCGGCCUCGGAGAGGAGGAAAGGUUGGAGAUUUUGGCGACGCUAUGAACUGGCCAACCCCAGGGGAGAUCGCAACUAAAGAAACGCAGAUUGAAGUUGUGACUGGGAUUGUGUCAUGCCCCAUGCCCGUCAGGCAGAUCAGAGAAGUGGGCUCCACACGGAGAUCCCCAGCCCCUAAGAAGCCCGUGGUGAAGAAGGAGUGGAAAGAGAAAUGCGACGCCAAUGAAGAGAGCAAGGAGAACCGGAAGGCCAGGUCGGACGACUCUGGAGAGGAGAAGAACGGAGACGAGGACUCUCAGAAGAAUGGACAGAAGAAGAAAGGAAACAAGCACAAGUGGGUGCCGCUGAUGAUGGAGGUGAAGUCGGAGGGGCCCAGAGAGCGCUCGGCCUCCAGGAACAACACCCGUCAGAACGAGGUUCCCAGGAUGCCCCCCAACAACAGGAACGACCUCCGAGACUGGCACAGCGGGAAGUACGAGCGUGAAUGGCGUGAGGACCAUGAUGAGGUGUCCAGCGUGAAGAGCGAGGGUGCUCCCUUCCGUGCCGGGUUCCGGGGGCGUGGUCGUGGCAGGGGCCGGGGCCGGGGACGAGGAAGAGGCGGCAGCAGCAGAGGUCGCUAUGACUACCAUCAUGGCUACAAGGCCUACGACGGAAAGGACGGCGCCUACGGCCAGAAGUUUGGCGCUCCAGUGACCUACUACUACGACAACAUGAGCAGCAACGACCUGUACUCUGUGGACCAGGACCUGCUCAAGGACUACAUCAAGAGGCAGAUUGAGUACUACUUCAGCCUUGACAACCUGGAGCGGGACUUCUUCCUGCGUAGGAAGAUGGAUCAGGAGGGCUUCCUGUCUCUUGGCCUGGUCGCCAGCUUCCACAGGGUGCAGGCUCUUACCACCGACGUCAACCUCAUCAUAGAGUCUUUGAAGGGCAGCAAAGAGGUGGAGAUCAUUGAAAUGAAGAUCCGUCGGAAGGUAGAACCGGAGAAGUGGCCUCUACCAGGUCUGUCCAUGGGACCGGACCACAACCAGGUGGACUUGACCCAGCUCAUCCACUGCCCCGAGUUCGUGCCCCGGCAGAUGCCCACUGAGCAGACAGAAUCUGCUCCAGGGUCUCCCCGGUCCUCCACGCCCACCAGGGGCUCGACCAGGGCCUCCAUGCAGCCCAAAGUGGAGCAGGACGUGUCCAACCUGAAGAGCAUGUCCAAGGGUCUGUCGGCGAGUCUGCCCGACCUGGACUCUGAGUCCUGGAUCGAGGUGAAGAAGAGGCCCAGGCCCUCCCCGGCCCGACCCAAGACCCCCUCGUUGCAGCAGAAGGACGAGGCUGUCUCCCCGGUGCCCCAGCCAGGGCCCAGCCCGAUCCCCACGGCCCCCUCGGCCUCCUCCGCCAUGGCAGCCAGGGAGGAGCAGGACGAGCCCGAGGAGCUGGACUUCAUGUUCGACGAGGAGAUGGAGCAGAUAGACGGCCGCAGGAACACCUUCACCGACUGGUCCGACGACGACUCGGACUGCGAAAUCGCCGACAACGACGUCAACAAAAUCCUCAUCGUGACGCAGACGCCGCCUUACCUGCGGAAGCACCCGGGGGGCGACCGCACGGGGAACCACACGUCGCGCUCCAAGCUGACCAACGAGCUGGUGAAGGUGAUCAACGACGGCCUGUACUACUACGAAGCCGAUCUGUGGGACGACAACUACGAACCCGAGUACGCCACCAUCAAGCAAGAGGUGGAGAACUUCAAGAAGGUUCACCUGAUCAGCCGAGAGGAGUUUGACUGCCUGACCCCAGAGCCCCCCGUCGACCCCAACCAGGAAGUACCACCGGGACCCCCCAAGCCCCAGCAGAUUCCUGUAGACGCCUUGGCGAACAAACUAUUCGGUGCCCCUGAGCCUUCUACAAUAGCACGCUCCCUCCCGACUACUGUGCCUGACUCGCCCAACUACCGCAGUGCCCGGACACCCCGCACGCCUCGCACCCCGCACCGGAAGGACCCCCCCAUGACGCCCCGCUUCUACCCUGUGGUGAAGGAGAGCCGGCCUGUCGACGCCAUGACCCCGAGGAAGAGGAAGACCAGACACAGCUCCAACCCACCGAUGGAGUGCCACGUUGGCUGGGUGAUGGACUCGCGAGAACACCGGUCCCGCACCGCCUCCGUCAGCUCCAACGCCAGCCCCUCAGAGGGUAUCCCUGCGUUGGGGGGAAUUGGCUGCACCCCCCAGUCGCUCCCCAAGUUCCAGCACCCAUCCCACGAGCUGCUCAAGGAGAACGGCUUCACUCAACACGUUUACCACAAGUACCGUCGGCGCUGCCUAAACGAGCGCAAGCGGUUGGGCAUCGGCCAAUCCCAGGAGAUGAACACGCUGUUCCGUUUCUGGUCGUUCUUCCUGAGGGAUCACUUCAACAGGAAGAUGUACGAGGAGUUCAGACAGCUGGUGGUGGAGGACGGAAAGGAGGGAUACAGGUAUGGUCUGGAGUGUCUGUUCAGGUACUAUAGCUACGGACUGGAGAGGAAAUUCAGACCAGACAUCUUCAAGGACUUCCAGGAGGAGACCAUGAAAGACUACGAAGCUGGCCAGCUGUAUGGACUGGAGAAGUUCUGGGCGUUUCUUAAAUACUCCAAAAACAAGAACAUGGAGAUCGACCCCAAGCUGCAGGAGUGCCUGAGCAAGUUCAAGCGUCUCGAGGAUUUCAGAAUCGAUCCCCCAAUGGAGGAGGGAGGCCGCAAGAGACACUCAUCCAGCGGAGACGGUCGCCGCCGCCACCCCUCCCAGGGCUCCAGCCGCCCCCACAGCCAAACUGGCUUCGGCCCAGCCCUGUUCGCCCAGGGCCCCGCCAAGGAUGAUGCCAAAAACAGCAGCCAGAGCCAGCGACCUGCAGCCCAGGCCUCGGCCACCGCAUCAGACGCCAAGCCACCAAAGUAACCCCGGACAACCCUCGGCCACGCGGAUCAACUCAACGUCAUCAAAUCCUUUCUGCAACACAAGGGGGGGUCCAAUGGUUCACGCAAGCAUGAGAGAUUGACUUUGAUGAAUGUCUCGUGAUUUUAAAUAAAUCAAGGCUCUUCCAUUUUUAAUUUCUUUGGUUUGAAACACCGAGAGUUUUGUCUUGUUAGAGACGAGACGAAGACUAUUGAAGGAAUGGAUGAAGUGUUCCAUUUUUGAUUUUUUUUGUUGCAAACCUUAGCAUAUUCUCCCAGUGGUUACUAUGUGGGAAUGAACAUGGUUUUUGAGCACGUUUUGAUGGCUACUGCAAACCUUGUGGCCCCCUUUCUAUCGUUGGACCUUUCCAUUUAACUCCCAUCUGUUGGCUGACCGAUGACCGAUUCCUCAAGAUCUGAUUUUUUUUUUUUUUUUUUUUUUCUUUCUUCGAGUGGUGGAUUGGAAACUGAUGCUUUGAAAAAUUAAGGAGAAAAAAAUAAAUAUUUGACUUGUUUUGGGCUGGAGAGAAGAGAAGACCGGGCGAGGGGAAAAAAAAACAAAAAAAAAACAAGAAACCAAAUGUUGAACAUAAAUGACUAGUACCAGUCUCAAGAUGGUUGAAAGUUGCCUUAUUUUAAUGGUUUUUCUGCUUAAUUUGUGCCCGCCACCUUAAUGUCGAUUGUACAGCAUUGAUCAUUGCAAAUAUGCAACGUCGGUCACCACCUACAAUAGUGGCCACUCAGUGACCCCCUGCCUGCCAAACAGCACCCCUCUGAACUGUCUUCCAAGUGUCAUAUGGUCUGUUACAAAGCCUCCCCCCCCUCCUCCCCACCCCUCGGUGUGUUUGCAAUUUGUGGCUCUUUGUGCUAAAACAUCUUUGCUGGGGGGGCCGCUCCCACCCCUGACGCCCCCCCUCCAUCCAUCUACCUACCCGAUCAUCCUACCAUCCAUCCAUCCAUCCAUCGUACACUAUUGAGGCUACAGGACUGGAAUCACCAAUCCGGAUUACUUGAAGAAAAGAGAGGAAAGGCAGGUGCUUUAGGUGUGUGGUGGGCUUUGGGGGGGGGGGGGGUAAUGGCCUGCUUUCCAGGGCUAAACAAGACUACGCUUCAGUCUGCAGCUUGGCAUGGCCUAUACCCUCGCAUCCCACCAUCACUCACACACACACACACCCCUCAGUGUUUCUUCCAGAGAGUGGCGGCUCUACUCUGUUCUUCUGGAGGAGUACAACCAAUGGACAGGCUAUGUAUCCCCUCUGAUCCCAACCAACCUGUUCUACCCCCCAACAUCCAGUCUACCAGUCAGAUCAACUAUAAUAAUCUGGUUUAGAUAACUUAAUCUUUAUCCGACAUGAGUACUGAUAUCAUCAAAAUAGAUUUGACUUUUUUUUUUUUCUCCACUAAUGUAAAUGUGAACUGAUGAAGAGAGAUGACACCUUCCUGCUACUUGUUUUAUUGUUUAUAGAACAGAUUAUUCUCCUUACAUGUACGUACUCAACAUAUUUUUUUUUUUUUUUUUUUUUUAAUGGUCUCUUAAGAUAAUCGUUUUAAUGCUUUUUAAUUUGCUGUGUUUCUAGGGGUAGGUAGAUGGGUAUGUCUGUAUCGAAUAUGCAUUUGAGACCUCUGGACUUUCAAGAAAUGGGAAAAUAGUAUAGUACAAAUAAAGGGACAUUUUACAUUAGGGCGUCAACUGACAUUCAAUACAACAACAACAACAAAAAACAUCACACGUUUCCAGGAAGUAGAGUUCAAUUUCAAAUCAAAGUUAAUUUGCAGAAUGUCAUUUUUUAAAUUUUGAUAAAUUUUGUUUACAAAUUGCGUGAUGUGAACCACUGGUGUGUUCACGCGACAGGCAAUUUAAAACUUUACACAAAUUGUAUCAUGUGUCAAAGUUGAUGGUUGAAUAGUCUCCCUAACUAGUUAUUGAUCAGUGAAGUAUAAUGGUCCUCUUUAGUUAAAUAUCAAUUGGCAUGAAUAACAGUUAAAACUAUUCCUUCUGCUGGAGGUGCAAAGGAAUGAUUCAGAUUCACUGGUCGCUGUGUUAGAAUGUCCAGUUGUCUUCAUGUUUUGUUUAAAAUUAAAAAUUAAAAAAUCAUUAACCGCCAUUGUUGAACAAUUUACAAGAGUUUAGCAAGAAUUACGUUUUGUUUUUAGCUUCUUCUUUUUUUCUGUCUUGUGGGCUUAGCUCAAGGGAGCUGCGGGUCAAUUCAGGAGGCUGAUAUGAUUGGUGAAUCACUCAAGAAAUCAUUUACUUGCGGAAUAAAGACAAUACGACAAAACUCCAACCAUUUCCCAACCCAGUUAAUCCUCUGAGAGGAUGUGGUGUCACCAGGGGGCGCCCUUCCACAGACAGCCACACAGACAGACGCCCCCCCCCCCUCCCCAGUGAAGGUCACCUCUGUGUUCCACCCCCCUCGUCUUGGACCAGGAUAGAGGGGACAGGUGAGACCGGUGCUCUGGGGUCCAGCCUAUUUAAUUUUUUAUUUUUUAUUUUAUUUUAUUUUUAGCAUUGUGACACAAACCCUGCGGAUGGAUCAGCUGGCGCUCCAAUGAACACUAGGGGGCGCCACGUCUGGCAUCCUGCAGGGUUAGGUGGACUGGGCCGGACUUGGGAGAGAAAGAGGGGAAGGGAGGAAGAGGGAUGUAACCCGUCUUUGGGUUUGUCAAUGAUGUCAAUAUUUAGAGGAUGUGAAUGGCUAUGAUGUCUGGGAACUGAACUAGGAGAAACAAUUCCAUAAAGCCAUAUAGAUAAAAAUAGCUGUAUAUGAACCAUUUUGAAAAUGUUAAUAGUUCAUUACCUUUACAAUAUCAUAGGCUUGUCAUGAGGGGGGUAAAAAAAAUAGAAAAUGAAGAAAAAGGAACAAAAAAAAAAAUAUAUAAAACAGAAAAAUUUAAAAUACUUGAAUGAGAUCUUGUAUUAUAACAUUUUAAUAUUCAUAAUAUCUGCUAUGUAGGCUGAUGUGAUUCGCUAUUAGUGUUAUUUGUAAUUUGUAGUAAUUAUGCUUUUCCUUAUUAAAUAAAAAAAAAAAACAUAAAAUGGACAAAAACCUUAA